CUGACUCAGAGAGAAAGGAGUCUCAGGUAGAGUUUGCUCUCUACCAUCACCUCUCAGUCAGCUGAACAUGUUGCAACCAUCAUCCUUCUCAAGUGCUGCUCUUAGAGAAAAAGACAAUGAAAACUUCAUGCAUUCCAAUGUUAAUGAGAAUUCCCAUCUGAUGCAUGAAGCCAGUGUUAGGCCAAAGAAGCAUGAAAAUAUGGUCAGCACUAGAGAAAAUAGCUCUACUGAGGAGAGAUUUGAAAACACCUCUGUUCAGCUGUAUGAAAACUAUAGGACCCAGAAUCCUCAGUAUAGUAUGAACACACUGCAAAAUGAUCUAAUCUUCGGUGCCCAGAUUCUGGCUGAUGAUGAAUUUAUCCAGAUGAAUAAAAUGCUGGAAGCAAAGAGAAGAGAAUGGAAAAAACGGAUAGAAAAUGUGACAAAAGGAAAGAUUGACCUGUUACAAGGACAAAAAUAUAGAAAUCAACUCAUGGACAAGCUUUUGAAGGAAAGCAAAAUCAAAAAGAGACAGGCUCUGGAAGAGUGGGCAGCAGAUGUAAAAAUAAACAAAAUCAAACAGGAAGAGAUAGACCAUCUGAGCCAAGAACUUAGAGAACUCCAGGCCAGGAAACAGAUGCUGAAGAAAAAGAUAGAAAAGUACAAGCCAUUUGAAGACUUUCUGGCUAAAGUCCUUGAUAAAUUGCCUAAUUGCUAUAGAAGCUGGGAUUUGAACUCUUCUAUAAAGAAAAUCAUAGACCACUAUAAGAUGCUCUCCAAAACCAACAAGAACUUAACAAAUCAAGUGUCCCAGCUCUCAGAUGCUUACAAGAAUGUCCAGAAAAGUCUUGAAGUUUUGCAACUGGAACAUACCAACAACACACUUGCUCUGAAUACUGAGCUCUCAACAUUGCAAAAGAAAUUUGAUGAGAUUAAGAGAAAAAACAGUAAGAUGAAAAUGGAUGAACAGUUGAAGAAAAGUAUCUUAAAAGAUGAAGACCAGGAUCUAGGGAGCACACUGACAGUCAUCACCAACCUGGCACAGCAGUGCCAAAUCCAAGACUAUGGCCCUCUGACGCAUUUAGACUUGGGUUGCAAAUUGGAAAUGAUUCAGGAAUUUAUGUUGGAUAAAAUGGAGACCAAAAAGUUAGUUGAAUCUCAAGAAUUCUUGGACGGGGAACUCAUAGAAAGUUAUCCGCAGAAGAUUCAAGAACCAGACAAAAAGAAGUUAACAGACAGAAUUUCAUCUCCAGGAGUCCCAAUAAGCAAAAUAACUAUUCCCCAGGCGGAAAUGACUGUUAAAUUACCUACACUGCAAGCUCACUGCCUCAAGCCUCUGAACCUUCCUAAGAGCCAGGAAGUUCAGUCCUUUCUUCCCUUUCCAUGUGCACAUAAGCUAAAAUAUAUGUCUCCAUACACUCCUAACUCUUCAACAGGUGGGAAUGCCUAAAGCCAGAUACUCAAAAGCAAAAAACCGAGUGCUUUCCUGGAUGAUAAUAAAUUGGGGGAUAAUCUUGAAUGAAAACAUCUUUCUGCUCUAGUGAAAGGAGUCAGAAUAGCAGUGUUAGGAUACAAAUAGAAAGGAUUUGGGAGGUGCCUAAUUUCUAAUGACAGCCUGCUUCCCCUAACUAGCAAGUCCUGCUCUCUCAUCUCAAACAAAGGAGUUAGACCUGAUGGUCCUUCAGUUUCUUUCUGUCUCUAGAGCACUGAGAAGUAACUUGCCCAAUGUUAGACAGUAGGUUUCAGGGGGCAGACUUGAACCCAAGUCUUGUUGACUUAAAGCUAACUUUUUGCCCAUACCACCUCCCUCUAUAUCUCUGAAAACAUUUAGAAGGGCGUAAUACCAGCCUUCAAGAUUGGCUCUCUAUCCAUAUGUCAUACAAACGUAAAUUAC